GAGCAAUAAAAGUUAUUGCAAAUUGAAUAACAUUGUAGUUGACAAGUUCUACACACUAAGAUGACAAAAAUACAGCUAAAUAGUUUAUAAAAAUGUUGAACAUGCUUUGCAUGCCCUUCCCAUGUCGCCAUGACAAUGUGUCUCGAUAAUUAGGGUUUAGCUGCGCCAUCGCUCCUGAGCAAUGUCUCAGACCCAGUGGGCUGCUAACCAUUUGUCUUCGCCGGUGCAAUCAACGAAUCUUUUGCGGUAUUGGGUUUGCUGAAUCCAGGGAUUUGCUGUAAUUAGGGUUGUGGGUUUGGAGCGAAGGCACCGUGUCCGCGUGAAAUCGAGACAGAUUUCGGCACAACAUGAGGUGAUAACUCUGGAAUCAGCUGAGGAGAAUGCCGAUGCACUGUUUUGGAGCGAAUCAAGUUCGAAUCACACGGACAGAAGUUUGAGGUUAGCAGAGACGUGACUUAGAGUGAGUUUUUGAGCGCAUUUGCAGAGAGGGCUCUGGCCAUGGAGGGGACUGACGCCGUCAUGCAAGGACAGUCCUCGUUGUCCUCUGCCCUCGUUGUUUCUGCGCCCAAGACGUUGCAAGACCUCGCAGUGGAUGGACAGAAGCAAUUAGACACUGUCGUGGAAGCGGCGCACGACAUUCUGCUCUCAUUGAAUCGUGCCUUGUGUAGUCCUAGCUUCUGGGUGGCUCCUUCAUUGCAGGCGGGGAGCAAUGGUCCUGCUGAUUCUAGUGCGGACGGGGCGAAUGAGGGUGGGAGUGUCGCUACCACGGCAGGAGGAGAGAGUGGCGUGACGAAAGAGAAAGCAUCGGAUGGUGGUGAAGGAUUGACGGCUUUGGAUGCCACUCGCUUUCGGUACCGGAAUGCCACAGCAGCGCUGCGUGCAACCGUUACCGCCAUUUUGAAGCAAACUCAGGCGGCCAGGGCGGAAAUUGAUGGUGCUACCGUAGAGAAUAUUGAUAAUGACGAAGUGGAAUAUCUUGAACAACGAGCGAACGACCUAAGAGAGGAGGUGAUCAGGAAGAACCAAAUUUUGAAGCUUCAUAUGGACCAGUUGCGAACUCUCAUAGCUGAUAUUUUUAUGUGGCAGACAUCAGGGUUGUAGGGGUUACGAUGGCAAAAGCCGUUGACUGCAAUUGUGUGUAGAACAGUUCACUUGUAACAUAUUUUUGGUGAUAACCAUUUUGAGCCGCGAAAUGUAUUUGCUCAAAGUCAAAUGAGGGCCUACCUGUUUUGAUUCCUUCAUCGA